AAUUCGAUAGUUUCCUCCUCCGUCGUCUCUCUCUCUCUCUCUCUCAGCCCUAGCGCCAAAGCCAAAAUCCGGCCAUGACGAAGAAGAGGAACAGGAAGAAGAACAUGGAAGAAGACGCUUCCGUGGACAAUUCCGAAUCUAAAAGCUUCUUCCAAGCUCCUCCUCAAGCCAUGGACACUACGGAGACUGGAGAUUCGAGACUAGCUGCUCGUGCUCGUACCUUGACAAGCACAAGGAAAGGAAAACCGAUGAAAAGAACCAAGAAGGCAGGGAAAAUGAAUGCCGUGGCUAUAGCCAUGGAUACUACGGAGACCGGAGACUCGAAUCUAGCUCCGAAACUAGCUCCCCUUUCUAGUAACCUGACAAGCAAGAAGAAAGGAAUACCGAUGAAGAGAACGAAGAAUGUAAGGAAGAUGAAAGCCCAGGCUAAAGCUAUAGCGUUGAGCGAGAAGUAUGAAGAGAAAGCUACAAAGGACCAAACCAAAACUCUCAGAACUCUUUCGGCCAAGAAAUUGUACGAGUGAUUUUGGUGGAAAAAGCUACAAAGAAGGGGAAAAAGAUAGAAAUUUUUGAUAGUUCAUUUGUCUAUUUUGGUCUUGCUAACGUUGAUGUUUUCUUUCAAAAAGAGCUUUUGCAAUUUUGUAACCUUGGCGACUUAUAAAAAUUACGUAGUAUGUUUACGGAUUAAUCAAUUAUGUUAUUUUACCAA